AGCUGGAAUGCUUUGGAGGAACCACGAUGCAACUUAUCAAGCUUUUGUUAGCCAUGUCCCCGGUGUUGGUGAGAAUGCUAAUUGAUACAUGUGUUCUAGAUGAUGAACCUCUUGACACGAGGUUGAUAUAUUUGCUGAGCUGAAGCACACAAAAAGGACAAGGGUAUUUCAGAUCAACCCCGAGUGUUGGUUCUUGGUGAUUAUUGGUAUAUGAUGCCUCCUAAUGAAAGAAACCGUUGUCAAAGUUUAACUCCUGACAUCCUCACUGACCUUCCUAACAAUGUAAUCGAUAUCAUUCUGAUGCAGUUGCCUUGUGAAGAAGCUGUGAGGACAAGCAUCUUAUCUAAAAGAUGGAGGUAUCACUGGUGUCGACUUACAAAGUUGACACUAGAUUGGUCUCUUUGGAGAACGGAAAACGAUUUACUGAACCCUACAUAUAAGUUUACAGAGAUUAUCUCCCAGAUUUUAACCCUUCAUGAAGGACCCCUGAUUGACUUUACCCUCGAUGUUGAUAAUCUAGAAAGCUGCCCUGACAUUGGCAGCUUCAUAUAUAUCGUCUUGAGGAAUAAUAUUCAACGUCUUGUUCUUCACCUUCCAGAGGAUAGCAAAUUGCCUACGUCAGUUUUCACAUGUUCGCAACUGAGGUAUCUAAGUCUUCAUAAUUGCUCAAUACAUCAUCCAUCGGCCUUUGAAGGAUUUGAUAAGUUAAUUAGCCUCAUACUGUGUGAAGUAACAAUUUCUUCUGAAUUGCUGGAGAGUAUUAUAUCUCAUUGCCCGUUGCUUGAGCAGUUGAUGCUGGAUAUCCCAAAACUUUUAAACACAAUUGAAAUUGAUGCCCCCAUGCUGAGUUCGUUUGAUUUCACAGGCAACAUAAGUUCUAUCUGCCUAAAGAAUGUCCCUCUCCUGGUAGAAGUAUCUCUGGCUGGUUACCAGAUAAUGGAAAAGGAUAUUGAUUUUGCAAAGGUUUUCAAUUCUUGUUCUGCUAUCGAGUACCUCAGCUUGAAUAUCGCUUGUGUCUGGGUAAAUGUUGUUUCAUGA